CUGCUUUGGUAGGCAUGAAGCAGAAAACUCUAAUGCUCGGCAUAGCUUCUUAGAUGGGGUCCUAUUCUGAGAAUGCUGUCUCCGGGCCGAUAGCCGCACCCACCCGUUCGUUCGAUCACGCCUAGUGCCUAUACCUUUUCCCUUCUACGAUCAGGUGCAGAAUGAUGCCCUAAAUCUCGCGCAUUAACUAGUAGACCACUCAAACUGUCGAGCACGAGAAAUCUAAAACCCUGCAUCGAACAUGUGCCAGCUUGCUCGCGCCGCUUAAUAUCUUGCAUACAUCUCGCGCUUGGCCGAGAACAUUCUUCACCUAUCUUUGUUACCCACGAUGGCUCUGGAUAGCAGAGACAGUGGAAUUGGUUCAGAUUUCACGUUGUCGUUUGCUCAGUGUCUGACUGUUGUUGCCUUUCUCACUAUAGCUCUGUAUAACGUCGUGGAGCUGACGAUCCUUAUCUUUACGAAAUUCCGCCAGUACAGGGGCAUAUACUUCUAUGCUCUUGUCGUAGCAUCCUGGGGUAUCGUACCCUACUCAGUCGCCUUCAUAUUGAAAUUCUUUCGCGUUCCGGUUCACUGGGGCGUAAUCGUGGCUUUCAUCGAUAUUGGAUGGCCUUGCAUGGUCACCGGCCAAUCCGUGGUUCUCUACUCUCGAAUUCAUCUCAUUUCUCGUGGAGUAAUCGCACGCGGACGAUGGAUCUUGUACAUGAUCAUCACAAACGCAAUUAUAUGCCACAUCCCGGUCGUAAUCAUCCUCACCGGCGCCAAUUCACCGAACCCCGGUCCGUACUUGAAGCCGUAUGCGAUUGCGGAAAGAAUACAAGUCAGCAUAUUCUUUAUACAAGAGGUUAUUAUAUCGGGGAUAUACGUACAGCAGACCAUGAAGAUGCUUCAAAGUGAGGGCAGCAUCCGGGCUAGUGCUAAGAAAGUCAUGACGCACCUUAUUCUGGUCAAUGUCUUCAUUGUUCUGCUCGACAUCAGCAUGUUGGCAUUUGAAUUCGCAGGACUAUAUUCCUUCCAAGUAUCAUACAAAGCGGCAGUAUACAGCAUCAAGCUAAAGAUGGAAUUCGCCAUUUUGAACCGACUCGUAGCUAUGGUACAAGGCCGGCUUGGCGAUUCAUCGAUCAACAACAAUCCUCGAGCGUCUCGAAAGAGGACGGGAUCCUCAUUUGGUGGUGGUUUUACGAUGAGGUCUGAGGGAAUGAAAAGAUCAGGAUUCCGCACUCCACUUACGGGUAGUCUGGGAAAGAACAGUACGCUUGGUAACUCUGCCUACGCUAAGAUGGAAGACACUCUGCCAGCAAUUAGUCUUGCUGAAAUGGGGGUUGUGAAGACCACCGAGGUCUCGGUGGAAACGAGUGCAAGGGAUCCACAAGAGAUGUCGACAUUACCAGACGCAAUGGCUGAUGCAACUUGGCUCAAAGACUGGGAACAGCAUAUGCCGACACCAGCACAUUGCAAACCCGGUCAAUCGUCCAGCCAGGAUUCGAUAAUAAUUAGCAUAUAG